AUGGCAGUUGAUUCCCCUCUUGCGCCCUUGGACGCUUCCAAGCUCCAGAUUAAGGCACAUGGCACCCCAAAGCCUGUUCCAGAUGUCGACAGCCCCGAACUUGCGAGUUUGAAGGUCUCGACGGAUCGUAUGGUGGUGGCCACCUGGACCGCUCACCAAGGCUGGGCCAACCCCCAAGUGGUCCCCUACGGUCCGGUCCCUCUAAUGCCCUCCGCCAGCGCCCUGCAAUAUGCAACCCAGUGCUUCGAGGGUAUGAAAUUGUUUCGCGGGUAUGACGGCCGUCUACGCCUCUUCCGGCCCCUCUACAACUGCGAGCGCAUGCUCAAGUCGUCGACUCGCAUCUCCCUACCUGGUUUCGAUCCUGAAGAACUUCUCAAGCUCAUCCGAAAACUGUGCAUCCUUGAGGCACCCAAAUGGCUCCCUAAGGACAAGCCUGGGUCCGCACUUUACAUCAGACCGACCAUGAUCGGAACGGAUUCGAGUUUGGGCUUCAAGGUCCCAGAUGAGGCCGCUUUGUACAUCUUUAUGGUAUACUGGCCACCUCCUAAGCCUGCUGCUCUUAAUGGAGGCGCUGCGCCCGGAACUAGGCUGCUCGCUAGUAGUGAGGCGGCAGUCAGGGCGUGGCCUGGAGGCACUGGAGCUGCCAAGGUUGGCGGAAACUAUGGAUCAGCUCUCGCCGAGCAUGCUCUUGCAAAGAAGCAGGGCUAUGAUCAAGUUCUCUGGCUCUACGGGCCUGAUCGUCAAAUCACUGAGGCUGGUUCCACCAAUAUCUUCGUCAUGUGGAAGACGGCUUCUGGUACAGUCGAGAUGGUCACUUCCCCCCUGGACGAGAACAAUCUCAUUCUGGCGGGCAACACGAGACGCAGCAUCAUCGAGCUUAGCCGCGAGAUGUUUGCCCCCGAAAAAGCGGAGGAGGGCAUGUCAUGCGAGGUAGUUGAGAGAGUAAUCACUAUGGCCGAGGUGGAAAGUGCUGCUCGUGACGGACGGCUGAUUGGUGCUUUUGUGGUCGGCACCGCUUUCUGGAUACAAGAGGUCAGCGAGAUCAUGUAUAAUGGUCAGGCUAUCGAGGUCGGUAUGGGUUCUGCACGGCAUGUUUCGUUGCUUAGGGAGCGGAUGUCGGAUAUCAUGUAUGGCCGGGAAGAGAACAGCUGGGCCGAUAUUGUAGAAGAGUCUUGA